CGCUCACAGCAGGCGUCGGUGGCGCGCGCAGGCCGCGGCUACAGAAGAGCUGGUGGCGGAGGCGCGCGGUCGUAGCAGGAUGGCGCACACCAAACACACGAUGUCCACUGAUGUGGAGAGUCGGAGGCGACGGUCCACUGAGAGCUCAGAGCCCCUCUGGGACCAUGAACCCAAAGGUCGCCGCUGUAGCUCCCAGUGUGACCGACUGUGUGUAGCUGGAGCAUAUCUUGAGAUCCCAGAUACUCCUUCCCCAUGCACCUCCCAGUACUUUGGACACUACACCCCAAAAUGCCUCUCGGCCCAUAGGCAUUCCCUGCAUUCUCGGUGCACAGAUGACGUCUGGCAGGAAGCGAGCGUCAGAACCACCAUCCGUGCAGAAAACGAGGUGGAGGCGCACAAACUUGCCAAUAACUACAGGUUUGGUUUCAGGAAAUGGAAGAGUCAUGUAACCGAACGACCCAUUGAGGACAGAUCUGAUGUAGUUAAGGAGCUUUAUUCUGACCUCAACUAUGUCAAACAUCAUUCAGGAUCACUGGUCACUCCUGGGAAUGUGGUGUAUGUAUUGCUCUUUGGCUGGUGGCUCUCCUUAUUUUACUUCUUGGUUAGCUUGCUGAUGUUUUGCACCAUUGCCGGGUUCCCGUAUGGAAAGCUCUGUUUGCAGCUGUCAGGUUAUUUCUUAUGGCCGUUUGGAAAGGCGUUACAGAAAAGCAGCAGCUUGGUGAGGAAGUGUUGUAUAAAAUUCCCACAUUGCGAGGCCAUUCCGGAGGUGGACGAGAUAAAGGAGUCUUCGGAGGUGAAAGAGUCUACUCCUCUGAUGCGCUCCGCUCCCGCGAUCAUCACAGAAAUCCCUUUGACUACACCGCCUCCAAAACAGACUCGUUACUGGUGUCGGCUGAGUACGUAUGUUUGGCUGGUCUUGGGAUACCCCCUGCUAGCUGUGGUUCAUUUCCUGGCCAUCUUUCUUUCCUGGAUACUGGUUUUCACCAUCCCGGUGUCAAAGAUGAACGUCAGGACCUUGAGCAUCAUCCUGCUCAUGCCUCCCGAGGAGGUCGUAAUUCAGACUGCGAAAAAACCACAAGGUUGCGAGACCAGAGUUCUGCUGUGCUGUUACCAUGCGUUUAACUGGUACUACUACAAAUUUACUGUGGAUGGGAUCAAUGUGUUUGCUGUCAAUCUGUUGCCUCUGGUUGUUAUUACUCUGGUGAUCGGUUACAUGGACAAAGAUAAUUAUUAUGUGAGCUCCGAGGCAAAGUUUGCCACAGCAGUGAGCUCUAUUAUCCCAUUGUCUUACUACAUUGGGAUGGGGAUAGCAAGUAUUUCGGCACAGAGUAACUUUGCCGUGGGAGCGGUAGUAAACGCCACGUUCGGCUCGAUUACGGAGAUGGCCUUCUACAUCACAGCUUUGCUGCAGGGUCACCGCGCAGGAAACGGGUGCUACGCAGAGAUCGUCAAGUCUGCUCUGACCGGCACGCUGCUGGGCUGCAUCCUCUUCAUACCUGGCGUCUGUAUGAUCAUCGGCGGAUGCAAACACCGAGAGCAGCGGUUCAACAGCAGGUCGGCAGGAGUCAGCUCAGCCUUGCUUUUUAUAUCGAUAGGAGGUGUUUUUGCCCCCACGCUGUUUUCAAAGGCUUAUGGAAACUUUAUAUGCGAGGGCUGUAACAACUCGCCUGGUAACGCCACGAAGCCCUUCUUAUGUAAUAAUUGCCACUAUGACCUGAGUGAAAACAACCGACCCCUGUUUUUGAGUCAUAUCGAGCCUUUAGUCUAUACAAUCUCUGUCCUCUUGCCUGCCGCGUAUCUCAUUGGUCUGAUCUUCACCCUUAAGACUCACUCGCACAUUUAUGAUAUCCACAUCAGUGAUAACCACUGUCAUGUUGUUAGUGACCACGGUGCAGUGGUUCACUGGUCUAGAGCGAGAGCGCUAGUGGUGCUCAUUUUGGCCACGGUGAUGAUGGCAGCCUGCGCUGAUCUCAGCACUGAGCACAUCAAACCUAUCAUCUCCAACGCCAGUGUCUCACAGUAUUUUAUUGGAGUUACUAUACUGGCCAUGGUUCCCGAGCUUCCCGAGAUAGUCAAUGGGAUCCAGUUCGCUCUUCAGAACAACAUCAGCCUCAGCCUGGAAGUGGGGAGCUGUAUUGCAGUUCAGGUGUGCAUGUUGCAGAUACCGCUACUGAUCUUGUUCAAUGCUUUUUAUGAUGUUGGAUUCGUGCUCAUAUUCAGUGAUUUACACCUCUGGGCAAGCAUCUUUAGCGUGAUUCUGGUCAACUACAUAUUUAUGGACGGAAAGUCAGACUACUUCCAGGGAACGGCUUUGGUGGUUGUGUACCUUAUUCUCCUGGCUUUGUAUUUUUUUGCACCUGCUCCUCUUGGAUGUUGAGAAAGAAAAAUGGCUUUUUCCUAAUCUUUUAUUGCUGACACGUUUGUAAAGUGCUUUCUGUGUAUUCUUGUCUUAUACAUUAUUCUGUAAGAAAAAAAAAGAAAUUGUAAUAUUUUCAAGCAUGUGAAGUAUGCAAACUGUUACUUUUGAGCCGGAGAAAAGCCGAGAGCUAUUUCACGGUUUACUUAAAUGCGUAAAAAUAUUUUACAUUCAAAAAAAAAUAAAAAAUUAAUUAAAUGGAGCAUGUAUUAAAAUGAACUAAUAAAUUUUGUAUUCGUUUCAUGAAUUUUCCUUGAACUUGUGUGUACGAAUAGCAGAGAUCCAACAUGACCACCAGUAACAAGUUUAUUAAUUUUUCAACAAUCAAACACAACUGGAACACAAGUUACAGGUAACCGGUGAGUACCUUGAACAUUUGCUGCACAACUGAGGAAUCGAAGUCCAGCGAGACCCCUCAUUUAAAAAAAAAAAAAAAAAAAAAAAAAUCAAAACACGAAUGAAGGGACCAUCACUCCAUGCAGACCGAGUGAAAAUUGUCGCGGAAAUAAUUUCUUGAAAUGAAUGUGGAGUUGUCACGGUCUGCUCGACGCUCGUAUGACAAAGCACCCUUAAAUCCUGACCCAUGCAAACAGGAAUCCAGUCAUGCAGAAAGAAAAUGGCAGGUGGUGGGCCUGUAUGUGACCUAAUGCCAGAAAGAAGUUGCUUCGACAGCAUAAAUCAAAGAGUGUGUAAUAAUAGCAAUUAUGAAUCUUUUAACAUUUUUACUCAACUACAUCAAUUGCUGGUGCCUAAUGAGUGUAGUUAAAGAAAUGGCCAUGAACUGUAAGGGGUUCAAUAACCCAACAAGGCAAAAUGCAUUAACUCUGAAUUCAAGAUGCUAUAUAUUUGGCGUUUCGACCAAAUUCAGAGGUUGUUUUUUUUUUUUUUUUUUUAGGUCAGCAUAGUAAAAGAUGCUCCGCUACAUUAUUGCUAAAUGACAGGAAGGUUAUCCGUUUUUCUGUACAGAUAUACACAAGGCCCAAAAUAUCAUUAGCAUUGUGCUGACCAAACGGUUUUAAAUUUAAGUCGUUUUUUUUGUGUUUUUUUUUAACUGUAAAUGCAUCAAGUGCUAUAAAGCGCAUCUUAGUUGUAUUAGAAAUUCAGGUCAACGUUUUGCAGAAUAGAAUUUGAGAAAUAAUAAUAAUAAUAAUAAUAAUAAUAAAGUGCUUUUAGCAAGGCUUUGUUUAAUUUAGCACAUUAUCACAUCUUGCUCCGUAAAGGCACUAGUUCAAUUAAAUGUGUCGAUGUGUCAGUUUAAACAUUUGGAUGAGGGAUGGUUCGUUUAAGGAAAAACAUUUUAUUUCAGUAAAAGCAUUAAAAGUAAAUUAAGGAGCACCUUGUUCACAGUGAUGUAACGAUUGGUUUACAAAACUGGGUGAAGCACGGGAAACAGCUCUGCUAUGACUGUACAGCUUUGUUGAAACAUUACUUGGUCUGGUGUUUGUGCCUUAAGUGCAGAUGAAACUGCAGAUCUAAAAAUCAACAAUCUCUGUGAAAACCCAUUUUGUUAAAACAUUCAACUCUUCAACACUGUUUUGCACCAUUUUCACUAAAGUAAAACCUUAAAUCACAAUCCCAGGGAUCAAUAGUUCUGCAUAAGUCUGUUCAGAGAUCCAAACAGUGAAUCGCUAAUUUAACCCGAAUACAUCACUGCUGAUCGAAUAUUCAUGCCGUGGUGUGGUAAUUCAUAAAACUUAAAUAAUUAUUUGACAGGAGAGGAAACAGACUUAAGAUACAUCAAUUAAAAACAACUCAACACGUCCCCAAUAUCACUACUGAAGGCCAAUAAAUAACAAUAUUACAAUCUCGAGGAAAAAUGACAACAA